GCAAAAAUAUUUUUCGAUAAAAAAUCUAUGUAGAAUAAUUAAGUCCAAUAGAAUCGACAUUAAUAGUGUUAAUUUUCUUAAAAAGGAAGCUCCGUAAAAGUUUUACAACGAAGUAAAUAUACACACGAAAUAUUCGUAACGAGUGUUUACAUUUUAACUUUAUUAAAGUAACAUGUUAAUCACAUGACCUUUUUAUCUUUUCUGCAAUACCCACAGAACUUGUUUUUAAACGUUACUGAAAGCACUUUUUCAAGUAUUACUUUGUGUUUACAUAUGUAGUACACGCUUAUUACGUACUUUUAGUUAGUUAUUGACUUGUCGUACUUUUAAAUUGCGAAACAAAGUAAUUUAGUUUUACGAGCGCCGGAAUUUACAAAAAAUAAUCAAAUAAUUUGCGAUUUCUCGUAAUAGUUAAUACUGUACAAGUCGGUAUAGUAGGGCGAUUAGAUACGAAGGAAUUUUAUUUUUGAUAAACAUCGGGAUAUUUCUAUUAAUAUUUCUAAUUUUCAACACAUAAUUACAUAUUCUGUAAUCGUUUGUCACUAUAUUAUAUCGUAAGUUAAGCAAUCAUGCAUCGUACAUAGUACCUUUUUUCUGUUCUCCCUGAGGCACAUGUUCAGACUGUGUAAACGCGAACCUAGCCGUUCCCAGCAAAUAUAAUGCUAACGUUGAUGUUUGGCAGAAACAAUAUAUUUUUAACAUAUUAUAAGGAAGAAAAAGUUGGAAAAUUUGUAAUAAUCCAAUAUGAAUAUGAGUAAAACCCCUGUAUCUAUUCUGCAAGAAAUGAUGGUGAAAAAACAAACAGUACCAGACUAUGAACUUAUACAUGAUGGAGGUGGGACACACAUAAAUACAUUUACCUACAAAGUGACAUGCGAUGGUCUCAGCGCAAAUGGUACUGGUCGUUCUAAGAAGGAUGCAAAGCACGAAGCUGCAAAUGCAAUGUUACAAGCUAUCGCAGCACAUAGAGGUUAUCCGCAGUUGCCAGCAUCGCCAGCACAAUCACCUCUGAGAACACCGUUACCUCCAACAGUUCCAGAAUCUCAAAGAUUGCCACCAAAUGUUCCUUUUGUUAAUGCCAUAGGCGCUUUACAAGAUAUAUGUCUCGAGAACAACUUAGAAGAACCUGAUUACGUACUAAUUAGUGAUGUUGGACCACCUCAUGCAAAAAUUUUUACUAUGCAAUGCUUAGUUGCAACAUUUAAAGAAGUCGGUAUUGCAAGAACGAAAAAGCAAGCUAAACAGGAUGCUGCUAAAAAGAUGUUAGAUAAAAUAACUGAUUUAGUAGCUGAUCUUAAAGAUAUAGACUUGUGUUGUUCCAAAUCAGAUAACGAGCUACCUAUGACGAAAAAAAGUAAUUUAGGUUUUAAGGUAUCAGAAUAUCAUACUAAGUUUAGAAAUUCUUUUAGUACCAACGAAUGUGAAGACAUAAUUCAAAAGUUAGAAUCCCUUAUUCCUCAAGAGUAUAAUAAUAGUAAUAUUUCUGAGGACUUUGUAGAGGACUUUUUUUCGAAAGUUAAAGAAUUUUUGUCGACUUUAGAUCUCAAUAUCUCAGCUAUGCAUUUAGAAUGCGUAAAUUCAGAGAGUUACAUUGUAGCAUUGAGACUUAACACUAGUCCUAAAAUUGUACAAAUUUCAGUAGAAAAGACAAUAGCGGAAGCUAAAUUUUAUACGAUAUUAAAAUUAAUUAAUUCCAUUGUACUUCUUUUGAAGUAAGGAUGAUAGGAGUAACUAGAACUUUUUAAAACGAAUAUUCCCUUAACAUGAUUUUAAAAAGAGAGUUGCGUGCUUUAAACGGGAUUCGUAAACAAAUGAUUGAUUUUGUUAUGCAAAAUUUGAACGAUGUUUAUUUUAUUUUUCUGUUUAAAGAAAAUCCUAGAUACAGAGUGUACAAACAUUAAUCUAAAAAUUACAAAUUAAGUUUUCUUGUAUCAGUUAAGAUAUACAUGAUAAUAGCUGUUUGUAUUAUAUUAAUCUAUAACACCUAUUAUUAAGUAUUGGGAAGUUAAGACGUAUACUUUCAAUUCUCACAAAUUUGUUCAAUUUGAGUAAGAGAAAUGGUUUUACAAGACUCUUGUAAUACAUAUUUUUUAUGAAUGUAUAAAACGUACGUUUUCGUUUAUCGUUAUGGAAUCAUGGAUAUAAUAUUGAAUGCCUGUAAAUAUCCUUUCUUACUUUUUUUUUAAGUAAGUAUUAAUUUUAAUUUCAUAUUUAAUUUUAAAUAUAGCUUUUGUAAUAAAUAUUGCCUUCAAAUUCUAGGUAAGAAAAGAUAAACUAUUCUUACAGAGAUUAAUCUUAAUAUCAAAGAGUAUUUAUUUUAUUUUGUUUUAAUCAUGUAGUAAAUAAAUGGUUACAGUGUCAAGGUUGUAACUGAUACAUUUAUUUUUGUUUGUAUGGAAGUUUGAAAAAGAACAAACAUAUUUUUUCACAUUUUUUGUCGAUUCUAAAAAAUUUAACAAAAUAUAUACAUUAAUAAAAUUAUGUUACAGAAAAGUUAACAAAGAAUGAAAUUAUAUUGUUCAUUUCUUAAAAAGAAUAGUUUCUUAAUUUUUAUGAAAUUCGACUCCUGGCAUUUUGUUUAAAAAACAAAUAUUUAGUAUCUAUCAGUAAAUAUUUAGUUUUAUUUAAUCGACGAUACGUUAGAAUAUCACUGAGUUAGCGUUUGAGACACUUCAAACAUCCUAGAAUUUUUAAGUUCAAAUACGUGUUGAACAAGAUAUAAUAUUUUUUUACACUGUAGUAUCAUCACAGAAGUGAUUUAUUUAUAAACAAACUCAUUAAUAAUCUUGUAAUUUUCGACUUCAUCAAUAUGUAUAGAAAGCUAUUCACAAAUAUAAUGAUUGCGUUAACUCUA